UCACAUGAUCCCUUUCACUUUUGUGUCUGUGGGCCUUCCAGUUGCCUAUAGACACACACAAAGCCAAAGUUACCCUCCCUUUGUAACUUUUGCAAACUCCCUCCUCUCUCUCUCCACCCACUUUCCUAAGUCCUUGCUCCGGAUUGCAUGCAUGAAAAGAAAGGGGAGUCACUCCAGAGUAUAUAUACAAGGCGUUUACAAGGGCGUGGGAUUUUGCAGCUGGAGAGCUCCAGGAGUCAGACGCUGCAGCAGAGCUGAACGUUGACCCCGAAACAUGGCUUCCACGAACAGCGAGGCUGCUGCCACCCCAACCAUGGAAGAACAGGACCAGAAAAACGUGGCUGGCAGGGUUGCAAGCCUACCACUGGUCAGCUCUGCCUACAACAUGGUCUCCGCGGCUUACACUUCCACCAAAGAGAGCCACCCGUACAUGAAAUCGGUCUGCGAUGCGGCCGAGAUGGGGGUGAAGACCAUUGCUUCGGCGGCCGCCAGUGGCGCUCAGCCCAUCCUGAGCAAACUGGAGCCACAGAUUUCCACGGCCAACGAAUACGCAUGCAAGGGUCUGGACAAACUGGAGGAGAAGCUGCCGAUUCUCCAACAGCCGACCGAUAAGAUCAUUUCGGACACCAAGAACCUGGUGACGUCCACAGUCACGGGAGCGAAAGACGCUCUCACCAGUACCAUGACGGGAGCCAAAGAUGCCCUCAGCAGCACCAUGACGGAGAUGGUUGAUAAAACCAAGGAGGUGGUCUCAGGGAGUGUGGAGAUGACCAAGUCAGCAGUCUCAGGAGGCAUGGAGAUGACCAAGUCAGCUGUUUCAGGAGGCAUGGAGAUGACCAAGUCAGCGGUCUCAGGAGGCAUGGAGAUGACUAAGUCAGCAGUUUCAGGAGGCAUGGAGAUGACCAGGUCAGCGGUCUCCAGCAGCGUCAACACCGUCAUGAGCUCCUCAGUCGGCCAAAUGGUGUCCAGCGGUGUAGAUGCCAUGCUUGGCAAAUCGGAAGAGCUGGUUGACCGCUAUCUUCCGAUCACGGAUGAAGAGUUGGCAAAACUGGCCACAUCCAUGGAAGGUUUUGAUAUGGCCACCGUUGAGCAGCAGAAAGCGCAAGGGAACUACUUUGUGCGCUUGGGGUCCCUCUCGACCAAACUCCGUCACCGAGCCUAUCAACACUCCCUGGCCAAGCUGAAAGAUGCCAAGCAAGGAACUCAAGAUGCCCUGGCUCAGCUCCAUCAAACCAUUGAGCUGAUUGAGCAGGUCAAGCAGGGUGUCGAUCAGAAACUCCAAAGUGGUCAAGAGAAGCUCCAUCAGAUGUGGCUGGAAUGGAAGCAAAAGCACUCCCUGGAGACCACCCUGAAGGAUAUUCCUGACCCAAAGCAGAUUGAGACUCAAGCUUUGGAAGUAUCUCGUGGCCUUGCCCAGCAGCUCCAGUCGACCACCAUGGCUCUGGUCUCCAACCUCCAAGGCCUCCCCGCCGGUCUCCAGGAGAAAGUGUCUCUUGUCCGCCAAAACGUGGAGGAUCUCCGGACGUCCUUCUUGUCUGCCAAGUCCUUCCAGGAUUUGUCGAGUUCGGUCUUGGCCCAGAGCAGGGAGAAAGUGUCCAAAGCCCGUGAGCUGACGGAAGAGCUGAUGGACCAAGUGGUCCACAACGCCCCCCUUUCUUGGCUAGUUGGACCCUUCACCCCAUCUGGCAAACCAGAGGUGGAGGAGAUAGAGAUGGAAUAGGACUACAUGGUGGGUGCUUCUCUGUUUGGAGGUGGGAUGGGGUCAAGGAGAAGGUUUGCACAUUUCCUAUCAGUCUUCUGGGCCUUGACACUUAGGAAAGGCAAGACUUAGUUUGACUUACAAUGGGAAUGUCCUAGUGUUUGUAGGGAGACCCAUGUUAGUUUAGCUGUUGAGGUGCUCUUAGUUGAGCCAGGCUGAAGCCUAGCUGGAAUGCAAGUUCUGGCCACCAUUUUGGUGGCCCUCCAUUAACAUGUUAAUGCACUAAGGCUUCCAUAUCAAAAAGGGCUAAUUUUUUUUCCAACCAGGGGACCUAUUACCCAAUUUAAAACAUAGACUUACAUACAUAUUUAAAGGCUACAAAUCCUUUGCUUUCUAGAUCACAUUUUCAAAGUGUGGUUGGCUGGUGGACAGCCUCAUGUUACAUUGGUUGCUUGAGGCUCUCCUGGUUGGAACGCAAGUUCUAGACACCAUUUUGGUGGAACCCCAUUAAAAUGUAAAGGAAGGCGGCAAUGACUGGCUCCCAUGGCUGCGGGGCAGUGGAGAUGGAAAAUUCUUUCAGCAACCACAAGUGAGCAAUCUCCAUCAUAUGCUGUUUAACGAAAAUACAGUGUUUAUUUUUAUUUCUUUUCCUGUAGCAAAUUUAACCGGUUUCUUAAAUAGCCUUAGUGCAAAAGCAGCUGCUUUCAAGAGAACAUGUCUGUGCUAAGAUCUUGCCGAUGCAUCGGUUGUUCAGAAACAAUAGUAUUAAAAUUGUCAAGAGACUCCAAUGGGGAUAGAAAAAGCCUGAAAUGUAGGCAUUGCCUUGUAUAAUAUGCAAUCGUCUCUGUCUUUGGGGGGGAAAGGGUGUAACUGGUCCCUCCUCUAACUUGGCUCCCGCUUUCAUUUUCCGCCCUGUACUUAACAUUCCUAAAUAAACCACAUUGCAUUGAAA